GGCGGCAACAGGCCGGCUGAUUUUCUAACCUCUUUGGGUGGUGUCGGCGGUUGAAUUCUGGUCGUUAUGGAAUCGGAAGUGGAUUUUAGAAGCGAAUGGUUCUGUUUAAAAGUAAAAACUGUUGGCCAAGGUCGUCGUGACAUCAUCAGCUGGAAUCAAGCUGCUUCUGUCAAGGUCGUUCACUUUGCCGGUCGCGUGGUUGUUGAUGUUGUGACGACACGGCUUGUAUUUAUUUUCGUUCGAAUGAUGUCACUGCUCAUUAGGAUUUGGUUUGGACCCCUUGCUAGAAGCACAUCUCUGAAACGAUAAAAGGGGACAUAGCCCCGCUUCCGGAUGAAUUAGGAUUAUGGUUAAGGACAUCUUCCCGACUGGAUCUGAUCCAGAUCAAACCGGAGUAUGACGAUUCAAGUGACGAUUGUUCCUACCGGGUGACGGUGACCGUGAUCAACAAGGAGAAACGCCGUAACACGGCAAUCGUGCUGGCAGAGGAUACAAUGACAGGAGAGGUGCUGAGAUGUGACGUGAUCUUGGACGUGAUCGAUCAAUUGGGAGUGCUGACGACGACGCGAGAACUCUAUCUGGAGGAAGCACCGGAAACAUUCGAAUUGUGGGCCCAGGAUGCCCAGGGUAAUGCAUUCACUACGCUGGAGGGAAUUGAAUUCAACUGGCAGGUCGCUUCGCAUCGAGCGGUUGAUUUUCGCCACGGAGAGACGGACAGUGCCUGGAGUCAGGUUCUGCGGUUUUUAACUUUCUCCGAGAGCAAGUUCCACGUGGUUCCGAAAGCGAUCGAGAAGCUGGAGCAAUCGCAGGUGCAGGGCUACAUGGUCCUGCUAGAAGGUAUCAACACCGGUUCGGCAAGAGUGACCGCCAGACUGCCCCAUUCGGAAUACAGUCACGUGCCUCCAGUUGAGGUGAACAUUAUGGUUCUGGCCAAUUUGAUCCUGGAUCCGAGCGACGUUUACAUCAUGACCGGGGACACCGUCAAUUUCAAGGUACUGCAACUGAAGCAGGGGAAACUCCAUGAAAUAUCGCUAAACAAUCAGUACUAUCUGGAAAUCGAGAACAGCGCCUUGGCCACCAUCAAGGGAAAUGAGGCCAAGGGUCUCAAGCUGGGAAGGACCUUCGUACUGUUGAGAGACCGGAAUGUUCCGCAUGAUCUGACCAGUGACGAUCAAUCGGCCAAAGCUCUGCUGCCGAAAGCAUCCAUCACAGUGGCGGAUCCCAAAAAGCUGACCCUGAACCUCUUGCCGCACUACAACUGGGUGACGGUGGAAGGCGAAAGCCACGAAAUUGCUCUGGAUCUGUUCACGGCGGACGAUCAUCAGAUUACGCUCGGAUCGAAGUAUCAGAUUCAGUCCAGCUUUGACGAGGCGUUGUUCUAUCCGAUUCGAAGGACGACCAAUGGAAGCCGCAUUGCGGGAGAAACGGUGGCCACCGGGACCAGCCCCGUCAAUGGACAAUUUGAUAAGGUGAGUGAAAUGAUAGAUCUGCUGUAUCAAUCUGGGGGUUUCUGGAGCUAUUUACUUAUAUACAAUAAUGUUUCGGUUUUAUCUCGGGGUCAACAAAGUCGAUUUUUCGGAACAAAGCUUUUUCGAUUCAUUUCAGCGUCCAAAGCAACUGUGCAAAAUUUGGGAGCGAUUGGUUGCUUCCCCGUAUUCCGCAUUGCGAUUGAAAUUUGUAUGGAAUUUAGUAUGGAAAAACAUGUUUUAUUGCAUUUUUCUCAUAAAUUGAAAUUUUUCAUCUAAAACAAUCUAACUAAUGCCGUUAAAAUAUAGCCUAGGAUAUGCCGAAAAACCAAGGUUGCGACCAUUCAUUUGCAAAGAUUUACAUUCAUUUGUUAUUAUCUCAGUACAGAAGCAUGCUAUCGAAAAACAAUGUAUGGAUGAUUUUAACCUUGUAGUUUUAUCUGAAAGUUUGCCAAAUAACAUUGGGGUCGCACAUGCAUACCAAAGUCGUGAGCGAACUGUGAAGGCAACUUUCCACA